AUGUAUUCACGGCGCUCCUUCUCGGCGCUCCUCCCCUUCUCGUUGCUUCUUCUUCUGCUGUGCCUCGGCGGCAGAUGCUGCCCGCAGGCAUCCGCCGGCCGGCUGGAUCUCGAGGAUGAUCUCACCGACCCGGAGCUGGAAGAAGAAGAGGGGUUGGAGUAUAUGGAUCCCACUCCUCCGCAGGCCUUCCCCAACGCAGAGGAGACCCCCUCCUGCUCGGUGAAACUCCUGCAACACGACUUCGCCCACACGGUUGGCGCGCCGCCGGUGGCGGUGAACUACACGCUGCCGGAGAACUGCAAGUGGAACCGGGCGGUGCUGGAGUUCGCCGCCGCCUGCGAGGGGGAGCAGAACGACCGCAUCGCCGCCGUCUGGCUCGACGGCGUGGAGAUCCUCCGCACCAGCACCGCCAAGCCGACCACCCAGGUGGGCGUCUUCUGGAGGGUCCGCAAGGACGUCACACACUUCGCCGCCAUGCUGGUUCCCGUCGCGAGCUCCGCCCGGACCCUGACGGUGAUGCUGGAGAACUCCCUCGACGACUACUUCAAGGGCAUCUACCAUGUCAACGUCACCAUCGACUUCUACGGCCGCGGCCUCAGCGAGCCCAGGACCGGCAAGCUCGGCUUCCUCCGCCUCCCCUCCUCCCGCGGAGAAGACGAGGAGGAGCAGCAGGCGUCAGGCUUCGUCCCCGUGCCGCCGCGCUACGGCGGCGAAGGCGGAGAGGCGGCGCAGCCGGCGGCGCUGGGCCUGCCGACGGAGGAGACCAAGCUGCGCAGCCUCCUGGAGCGUCCGGCGGACAUGAUCAUCCCGGUGGCGAACAAGAAAAAGGGGGCCGACAGCGGCUUCUGGUUCAGGAUUGACAGGGAGACAGAGAUCCGCGGGAGCAGGCUGAGGAUCCCCCGGAACGCCUACAAGGCGGUGCUGGAGGUCUGCGUCUCCUACCAUGGCGACGACGAGUUCUGGUACGCGAACCCGCCGGACAGCUACAACAUCCAGAACAACAUCCCUUCCCGGCGGGGCAACUGGGCCUUCCGGGAGCUGGUGGCCACAGUCGAUGGGCUCUACGCCGGUUCUGUGCUUCCCUUCCCGGUCGUCUUCCCCGGAGGAAUCAACCCCUUCUUCUGGACUCCGGUGGUGGCCAUCAAGGCCUUCGAUCUUCCCACCUACGACCUCGAUCUGACCCCAUUCUUGGGGCAGCUCCUCAACGGGCGCCCCCACACCAUCGGCCUUAAGGUGAGCCACGCUAUCUCCUUCUGGCUGGUUAACGCCAACCUCCAUCUCUGGCUGGACCCGCACCUGCCGGCAGUGCCGGCGAUGAUGGUGAAGCACCACGCUGCCCCCACCUUCCUCUCCCGCAACGCCAACAACAAGUUCCUCGAGGGGCACUUCCAGCUCGAGGCGGCGCGGCAGGCGCGCUUCGAGGGCUGGGCGAGGUCCUCCCUGGGGAACUUCACCACCCUCAUCGACUCCCACUUCAAGUACAAGAGCUCCGUGGAGUACAAGAUGCAGGGGACGCUCAAGGAGGUGUUCUCGCAGUCCAAGUACACUGCGGAUGUGAGGAUCACGGAGCAGCCCAACAGGUUCCUGGCCAGGGUGAUCAACCAGGCGAGGUACCCGGUGAAGAUGCUGACCUCCACCGCCAGCUAUGCAGGCGACCGGAUGCUGUCCCAGGCGAACGUCUCCCACAUGCUCUACCAGUUCACCGACGUGACGAUGAACCAGAUGAGGUCGCAGAACUCCAUCACGGACAUGCAGGUCGCCGGAGGGUGGCUGCAGGUCAACGGCGCCGCCCUCUCGGGGUCCGCCACCACCCUGCAGACCUACCAGCGGAGGGACAACGGCCGCUGCCACACCAGGAAGGUGGGCACUCAGGACCGUGGCAUCACCGUUGACCAGACCAACACCGACUGCAACACCAUGAUCCCGGAUCUCUCCACCGUGCCCGAGUGA